CUUUCGGCCAAUCACGCCCGCCGGCUUGUGGCUGACCACGAUCUAACCAGAUUCAUUCGCCCACGUACCCAAGUAUCGCGUGCGUAACCGAGAAUUUACCGGAAUUGACCUUUUUUUGCUUGAACUUACGAUAUGGAUAUGGGAAUACUUCGAAAGCUGCCUCUAAUCUGCGCGCCUCCAUCCCGCUUCCUACUGUCGUCGCAGACUCCAAUCGCUAGUUGUCGCCGACGGCAUCCAGCCUCCCUCUAGAUAAUGUUAUUCAGAUCGGCCGUCUCCCGAGGUGCCCGGCUUGCCGCCCGCAGGCAAGGCCGUCCGCAGCUGGCCCAGCGUUUGGGUUAUGCCUCUGCCGCUUCUCCCCCAGCCCAAUCCUCCCUCACCUACGAGACCGCCGACAUUACCGGCGUCAAGGUCGCCACCCGCGACUCCCGCGGACCCACCACAAAGCUCGCCCUAGUCGCCCCCGGAGGCACCCGGUAUCAACCUGCUCCCGGCCUCACCGUCGGCCUCGAGGAGUUCGCCUUUAAGAACACCCAGAAGCGAUCCGCCCUACGCAUCGUACGAGAAGCCGAGCUCCUCGGCGGCCAAUUGGCCGCGUACCAUACCCGAGAGGCAUUAGUUCUCGAGGCGAGCUUCCUGCGCGAGGACAUCCCGUACUUUACCGAGUUGCUGGCCGAGGUCAUAUCCGAGACCAGGUAUACCACCUUCGAGUAUCACGAGGAUGUUGAGAGGGUCCUGCAUGUGAAGCAGUCCAAGCUGGCCGGCGACGUUUCCGCCCAGGCUCUCGACUUGGCGCACUCGGUCGCCUUCCAUUCCGGCCUCGGCGCACCCCUAUACCCGACGACCUCGACGCCCCUGGGAGGUUACCUCUCCGAACACUCCAUUGUCGACUACGCCGCCGCCGUUUACGCCAAGUCGAAGAUCGCCAUCGUCGCAGACGGGGCCACGCCGGCCGCCCUACACAGGUGGACGGAACAAUUUUUCAAGACCGUACCCGCGCAGCCGUCCGGCCCCCUCGCGCUCAAUACCAAGCCCACGACGUACUAUGGCGGCGAGCAACGCACGCCCCACACGGCCGGGAACUCGCUGGUCAUCGCCUUCCCCGGUUCCAGCUUCAAAGCCUUCCGGCCCGAGAUCGCCGUGCUAGCGGCAUUACUCGGUGGCCAACCCAACGUCAAGUGGUCGCCCGGGUUCACCAUACUAUCCAAGGCCGCGGCAGGCAUCACCGGCCUGACGGCUUCGGGAACUAACUUCACGUACUCGGACUCGGGGUUGCUCGUCAUCCAAGUGACCGGCCCUGCCGCAUCCGUCCGCAAAGUCGGCGAAGAAGCGGUCAAGGCUCUCAAGAGCAUCGCCGGGGGCACCAUCGGCGAGAAGGACGUAACCAAGGCGGUUUCGAAGGCGAAAUUCGACGCGCUAGAGGCUAGCCAAUCGCGCGCGCAAGCGCUGCUAUCCGCCGGAUCGGGUCUGAUCCACACGGGCAAACCCUUCCAGGUCGCCGAGACAGCCCAGUCCAUCAGCGGCGUCACGGCAGACAAGCUCAAGGCAGCGGCGAAGUCUCUCGUGGACGGCAAGGCUACGGUGGUGGCGGUCGGCGACCUUCACGUAUUGCCGUACGCGGAGGAGCUUGGCCUGAGGGUAUAGACGGGAAAAUUUUGGGAAAUCGGAGCAUACCAAUAGAUCAACCCACUGAUGUAGAGUUGAGAGAGGAAGGGAGGGGGAGACGCAGCAUCUGUGCAUAUAGUAAAAAUCCCCUAGAGUUUUCAUUCUAUCCUCGCCGACCUCCCCUUUGCCCCCCCUCUCUACCCGAUCUCCGUAUAUCUACUCAGGUAGCGCGACCGCUCGGACCGCAGCGCGUGAUUCUGGCAUACAGGCUAAACCAGCGGAGGCGGGGACUCGCUUGACCGAUAUCUCUGAUAUUUGUACUAUUAUGUAUGUACCUAACUACUAACCUCAUAAACCUAUCUAGAUUAGGUACCUAAGGUACCUACCUGGUGUACCUCCCAGACCUCUCUCAUUACGUACACACAUAGACAGACCUAUUUGUACGUAGGUACAGAGGCGGGAGGGGUUUUUGUAGGUAGCAGGUAGUUAGGUAUACAGUGGCACGAUGCCAACACAACAUAGACAU